CCCUGCCCCCUCCCCAACCGCCGCAUUCCAGGCCGAGCGGCGGAUGAGGUCAUCCCGUCCGGUUCCCCUCGGGCCACGGCAGCCGGCUGUCCCCUUCCCCCGCAGAGCGACCCUCCCCACUCUAACCCCCUGCCUCCCAGAGGGAAUGUUUUAUGGCCCAAGUCUUUCUGGGACUUCCAAUCCCGACUGGCCUCGAGAUUGUUCUGCCCUUGCUUCAAGCAGGCAAGACCGCGAAGUCAGAAGCCCAUUUUCUAGACCGGGAAACCGAGGCCUAGAGAGGCGGAGGGACCAGCCGGAGGGCGCGCCAAACGCGUUGCGGGGACUGGAACCCAGGACUAGGGGACACUUGGUCCGUGGCCACCCCCCUCUCCUUGUGGAGGGCUUCGGCCCUAACUGGGAGUGGUGGACCCAGAAGCGUCUCUCCCACUGUUUCCUCUCUUACUCCCCUAUGACCCCUGCUGCUCCCUCCUAACCCCUCAGAGUCCAGCAGCAGGGUCCCCGCUGCGGCUCCAGACAACUUGCUGCCCUUUUCUGGUCUCAGUGUGCCAGUCUUUCCACCUUGGGGCGGGAGGCAGGGGUCUUCAAGGGAUAGGGGAGGCCCCAGGGAGUAAAUCUUUUAUUCUAGGGCCAGAGCAGCCCUGACCCAGGCAGGGCCACGCUGUCCAGCAGUGCUGGUGGUGUUACCCAGCUGGACACUGGUGGGGAAGGGGCUGUGUGCAUGUGCGUGGCCUCCCGGGUGACAGGUGGUGCGCUGGCAGGUACGAGGGUGACCCCCAGGUGAGCGCCUGGGUGCAGCAGCCCCGCCUCUGCCCUCCCCCAGUGUCAGACACCCCCUGCCUCCGCGUCACCGCGGUGCCUCCACAGCGGCCCCUGUCGGCCGCUCUGGAAGCAUGGUCCCUGCCUUCCGCCUCAAACCUUGUCCUUGCGGUCAUUACCACCAUUGAGUAACCUCUUCCCAAGUGCCCCGGCCUCACUGUCCUCUGUAGGCCAAAUAUGAGGACCGCUAGGACCUUGAGGCUGCUCGGUGACCACUCUUGCCCAGGUCACCGGCCCUGAAUCCACACAGCUGAGUCUCCCGCCUCCCAGGCCUGCCCUUCUGAAGCUCAGCCCCUUAGGGCAUUGCCUCCUCCAGCAACUCUUCCCGGUCCCCUGUGGUCCUACCCCUACCCUGGCAUUUACUAGCGAUGGUGACAGAACCCCAGGGAGGCUCCUGGCCAUGCCACUUUUUUUGCUCUGUGACUUGGGGCAAGUCAAUCCCUUUUCUGCGCCUAAUUUUGUUCACCUGUAAAAUGGGUGUCGUGAGCGUUAACAGGUAGUAAUCCUGGGCUGGUGAGGGGAGGUAAGCCUUGCACCAGGACACCUGGAGCCCUUCUUCCUCCAGGGCCAGGUGGGGCACACCUGAUCGCCAGCAGUAAUACCCUGCAGUAAGCAGCUGCCACCAAGGGGGCCCCGAAUGAGAGAUGUUAGUGCUAGCAUGUGGGAUUUGAACUGGGGCUGCCCUGCUCCAGAAACGGGGGCUCUUAGAACUCCUCUGGGAAAGAACCAGCUUUUGAAGCUGUUCUUGUUUUCCACGUGGGAAAAUAGGUCCCCAAGAGCAGUGUCCUGCGCUUGGACCCACAACCUCUCUAUUGGCAAGAUCUCUCUGUUGCAGUGUGCAAGGCACAGGGGUAAGGAGAGACCUUUCGGAGGUGCCCAGAGGCAUCUGGGAGACAGGAGCCUCACAAGAUUGCGGCAGAAGCUGGUCUCACAAGUCAAAGUGGCCGUGGGGAUUCGGCGGGGGCCGGAGUCCCUUUUGCUGAGAGAAGAGUGGCCACUUCGAGGUGGGGACUGGGAGAGAGGUCUCUACCCCUGGGCAGAGAGGGGCUGUCCGCAGUUGAGGCACAACUCGUACCUUCCCUGUUCUUGGACAGAACACCUACAGCUGUUUCCGCGGGGCUGGGAGCCAGGCCCCAGGGAGAGAACCAGCCAUGGGCCUUCCACAGCCUCAGCGUUGGGGGCCGACACCUUAGGAGAGCCAGGGGGGCAGCCUCCGUCCAUCCCCUUGCACGGGGAAGGAAGGAGCUGAGAAGUGGACCCUGAGCCCAGGCCCCAGUGGGGGGCAUGGCCCAGCAGCUGUGAAGAGCCAGAGCUGAUGCCGGGCCCCCAGGGGACCAGAGGAGCCCCUGCCAUGAGCUUGGGCAAGCUCUCGCCCGUGGGCUGGAUGUCCAGCUCACAGGGGAAGAGGCAGCUGACGGCAGACAUGAUCAGCCCCCCACUCGGGGACUUCCGCCACACCAUGCACGUGGGCCGUGGCGGGGAUGUCUUCGGCGACACGUCCUUUCUCAGCAACCACGGUGGCAGCUCGGGGAGCACUCACCGCUCACCCCGCAGCUUCCUGGCCAAGAAGCUACAGCUGGUGCGGAGGGUAGGGGCGCCGCCCCGGCGGAUGGCUUCCCCACCCGCACCCACCCCUGCUCCACCCGCGGUCUCCCCAAUCAUCAAGAACGCCAUCUCCCUGCCCCAGCUCAACCAGGCCACCUAUGACAGCCUCGUGGUGGGCAAAUUCACCUUUGACCGCAGCCCUGCCAGCUCCACGGACGGCCGCUCCAGUUAUGGUGUGGACUCUGGGUUCUGCACUAUCUCCCGCCUGCCUCGCCAGGAAAAGCCUCGUGACCGAGACCAUGAUAGUACCUUCCCCUCCGAGUCCGAGCUUCGCCGCUCUGACUCCCUCCUGUCCUUGCACCUGGACCUCGACCUUGGGCCAUCUCUCCUCAGUGAGCUGCUGGGGGUCAUGAGCCUUUCAGAAGCCUCUGCAGCUGAGACCCCAGCCCCUGCCACAAGCCCCCCAGGCCCUGCCACAAGCCCCCCGGCCCCUGCUGCCAGUUCCCCGGCCCCCGCCACAAGUCCCCCAGCCGGUGCUGCCAGUCCCCCAGCCCCUGCUGCAAGACCCCCAACCUCUGCCCCAAGCCCCCAACCCCGUGGACACUGCCCCAAUGGGGUAACUGCUGGGUUGGGCCCAGUGGCUGAGGUGAGGGCCAGCCCAGUAGAAGAGAAUCCCCGUGCACCUGCUGACAUGGCCCCUGGCAGGCCCUGGGGAGCAGGCUGGGGGGACAGACAGGGCAGCUGCCAUUACACUGAGCUAGAUGGCUUGCGGGAGCUAGGGGGGGUGCUUCCCCAGGCUCGGGCUUCUUGGGAGAGCCUGGAUGAAGAGUGGGGGGCACCCCAGGCAGGCAGCAGGGCCCCCGUGCCCAGCACAGUGCAAGCAAACACCUUCGAGUUUGCUGAUCCUGAGGACGACGAUGAAGUCAAGGUGUGAGUGGCUGGCCUUGGGCUCAGGACCCCGCCGGGGCUCAGGGCAUGGCCCAGAAGCAGCCUAGGUGCAGAGCCGGCACCUGAUCACUAGGUCCUGCCCAUGAUCGAUGGGAGAAGCCAGUUGCCCCCCAGCCCCUCCACGCCUCUGCAGGACAGACACGGGAGGGAGGCCAGAGGAGACCGAGCUUGCUCUGGGUCCUGCCCCCCAACCCCCCUGCCACUCUGGACCCACGGCCAUUCCUUAGGCCCACCCCCACCCCUGUGCCACCCCCACUGGUUGGAGGGCCCAGCCCCACAGUGCAGCCUUUGUGCUGGAAAACUGUCCUUCCUUGGGGGGGAGAAGGGGGAAGUGGGGUGCAUACCACACAGGGCCUUUGUCUCCUCUCCCAAAGGGAUCACCUGCCCCAGCUCAUCGUAGAGCUGCCCCCAGCAGGGUCCCUGCUGCAUCCCCAAGAGCCCGAGCCCUUGCUAAGGCUGCUUCCCCGACAUUCCACCCUAACCCCUGACUUAACCCAGAAGUCUCAGAGAAAAGUCAGGUGUGACCUCACAGGGGAGGAAUCCCACCUUCCUGUGCACCCCAGACCUGCUUCUGGGUCCUGAUUAAAAAGGCUUUUUGAUAAAAGGUGUCCAGCA